CGGAAUUAAGUUUGAGGAUCGUGUCUCAGCUGCUAUCAUCUUAUAUUCGCUUCCGAGUUCAUUUACUAACUUCAUUGUGAAUUAUAAUUUGAACAAAACGAAAGUGACCAUGCCUGAACUCCAUAACAUGCUCAAGUCUUAUGAAGCCUCAACCUCUAAAGGAAAGACUGUUCUUAUGGUAAGCUCUAAUGCUAAGUCUCGUUCUAAGAACAAGAAUAAGCAAAAGAAGAAAGGUAAGAUUGAACAUACUCUUACAGCUCUGAAGCCUAAAGGUGGAGGUCAUAUGAAGCCAAAUGUUGCAAAGGAUGUUUGCCUCUACUGCAAAGAGAAGAGGGCAUUGGAAGAGAGAUUGUGAGGUGUAUAAGGCUAAUCUAGCCAAAGCACCGGGUGCUUCAAGCUCAGAAGCCUGAGAAGCAGUGUAGCAGUUGGACUGGGUAAAAUUGACCUACGCGUGAAGGUUGGAGCCAAAGUUGCUGCUGAACGUGAUAUGAUCUUAUAGUUUAGAUUUGUCCAUUGGUUUUAGAUUAGAAUUAAAUAAUUGUUAUUUUAUUCCUUCUAUUACUAAGAAGAUUAUUUCCAUUCAUAUGUUAGACAUUAAAAGAUUUCUGUUUCCAUUUUGCUAAUAAUUGUUAUUUUCGUAAAA